AUUCAGAUCGAAAUACAACUUACAAGACAGUGUUCUACAUCCGAACGCGCUCUCGUACGAAAGUACCAAGCUAGCUCGCGAUAUUAUCGUGACUUUCGACUGCGAUAUUUCAAGUUUUAUCACAAGUUAUUGAAGAAUACACAAUGUCACUGCUUCCAUACAUGUUGGGCUACGACUGGCCUCGCCACCGUCCCAGUCACCUCUUCGACCAAGACUUCGGCUUGGGGCUGACACCUGACGACGUUCUCACCAUCGUGGCCGCUCCCAUGCCGUCGAGGAACUACGUGAGACCGUGGAGACAGCUGGCACAGGCCGCCCGCGACGUGGGCUCCAGCAUCAAGGCCGACAAGGACAAGUUCCAGGUGAACCUGGACGUGCAGCACUUCGCCCCCGAGGAGAUCUCCGUCAAGACCGCCGACGGCUACAUUGUGGUGGAGGGCAAGCACGAGGAGAAGCAGGACGAGCACGGCUACAUCUCCCGCCAGUUCGUGAGGAGGUACGCUCUGCCCGAAGGCUGCAACCCUGACACAGUGGAGUCCAGGCUGUCAUCCGACGGGGUGUUGACUGUGACAGCUCCGAGAAAGCAGGCCGCGCUGAAGAACGAAAAACCUGUGCCCAUCCAGCAGACCGGUCCAGUGAGGAAGGAAGUGAAAGACCAGGAAGAAAAGAAUCUACAUGUGGUAAGAGAUUCCAUGUGUUUUCUGGCGCAGGCCGCCCGCGAUGUGGGAUCCAGUAUCAAAGCCGACAAGGACAAGUUCCAAGUGAACCUGGACGUGCAGCACUUCGCUCCCGAGGAGAUCUCCGUCAAGACCGCCGACGGCUACAUCGUGGUGGAGGGCAAGCACGAGGAGAAGCAGGACGAGCACGGCUACAUCUCCCGCCAGUUCGUGAGGAGGUACGCUCUGCCUGACGGCUGCAAUGUGGACGCUGUUGAAUCUCGUCUCUCAUCUGACGGCGUUCUGACCAUCACCGCGCCAAGACAACAGACAGCCCUGAAGAACGAGCGCAGUGUCCCAAUCCAGCAGACCGGUCCAGUGAGGAAGGAAAUUAAAGACGAAAACAAAGAAGAAAAGGAAGAGAAGAAAUAGGUUUCUUUCGUGAUUUAAGCCAAAGAUUCAGGCCAUAUUAAUACUAAGUUUUAUUUGUAAGUAUUAUGGUGUAGUUCCAGUGAAAAUGUUGAGACUGAAUUUAUAAUUUUAUUAAAUAAACAUUAAUUACGUUUAA